AUGUCGUCGACACAUCAUUCAAGGCGGUCGAGAGAGUCCCCUCGUGCUGAGAUGCCGAUCGGCCGCUACACCCGACUUGAUGAAAUUGGUAGAGGAAGCUUCGCUACGGUAUAUCAAGGUGUCCAUACGAAAACACGUACAUACGUCGCCAUCAAAUCUGUCAACCUCUCUAAACUGAACAAGAAGUUAAAGGAAAACCUCUCCUCCGAAAUCCAUAUUCUCAAAGGUCUUUAUCACCCACACAUUGUGGCCCUAAUCGACUGCCAUGAGACGACUUCCCAUAUCCAUCUAGUGAUGGAAUAUUGCGCCUUGGGGGAUCUAUCGCUAUUUAUCAAAAGGCGGGAUACACUUGGAGAUCACCGGUAUACAAAGGAUAUGAUAGCUAAAUAUCCAAACCCUCGUGGUGGCGCCUUAAACGAGGUCGUUGUCCGUCAUUUUCUCAAGCAACUAUCAAGCGCCCUGAAGUUCCUGCGAGAUCGGAAUCUGAUACACCGUGACAUUAAACCCCAGAAUCUUUUGCUCUGCCCGUCCCCUUCCUCGUACCGGGCCGGCACAGCUCAGGUAGUCCCAUUCAAAGGCUGCGAUGAUUCGUUUAACCCUGCGACAGGAUUGGAGUCGUUGCCAAUGCUUAAGAUUGCAGAUUUUGGAUUCGCUCGGUCCCUCCCGGCCACCUCACUUGCGGAAACUCUCUGUGGCUCGCCAUUGUAUAUGGCUCCCGAGAUCUUGCGGUACGAGAAGUAUGAUGCCAAAGCGGACCUUUGGUCAGUGGGCACGGUGCUUUAUGAGAUGGUGGUGGGCAAGCCACCUUUCCGUGCAUCAAAUCAUGUUGAACUGCUGCGCAAGAUCGAGAAAGGCGAAGAUAUGAUCCGAUUCCCGGAAGAGAGCCCGGCGUCGGACGAAAUCAAAACACUCAUCCGGAUGCUCCUAAAACGGAAUCCAGUCGAGCGGAUGAAUUUUUCUGAUUUCUUCGAUUGUAAUAUUAUCACAGGACCUAUCCCGGGUUUGAUAGCGGAUGAUACGCCUUCGCAAAAUUGGUCUCCUUCCACCGACGCUGGAUCUGCAGACCCGGUGUCAAGACCCGAUUUUCGAACGGGGCAUGGCACGUCGACUGGAACAAGAGGUGAGAAGGAUGCUUCAUCUCCCGGAAAGCUGGAUGAACCCGUUUCUCCUCCACCAAGCAGUGCCCAGAGGCAAAGAACAGCUACUCCACCACCCACCUCUACGCCAAUGCGUAGGGGUGGCAGUGCUGAUCGCACUCCAUCUCCCCCCAAAGAAAUGGUAGCUGGUACGAUGCCACAGAGGCCGACUGUGGCGGCUACUGCUACUGCUCCAGGGCGCCAAGAGCUGACAGAUCGAAACUCCCCGGCCACCGCCAUGGAGCGGCAGAGGAGUCGAAAUACCUAUCCGGGAGGAGCUCCACAGCCAGAUAAGUCCACAGUUGAUAAAUACAAGGAAGAAAGAGAGCGCGCCGCACAGGACGUUGCGUUUGAGCGAGAUUACGUAGUCGUGGAGAAGCGAGCCGUGGAAGUCAACGCUUUUGCAGAUGAACUGGCGCACAGCCCUCGUUUCCAAGGAGGGUACUCGAAGAAUUCUCAGGCUGGCGCUCUAUCUCGCCGCCCAGCUACACAAGGUGCGCCAACAGGUGUGGCUACAUCACCACUUGCCACGGCUGGAAAAGCGAUGCAAAUUGCCUCAGGGCGAUCUCGAGCCGACUCAGCACACACCCGCCAACACUCGUACGAGCGCCGGUACGGACAGAGUCCUACAUCGGCCACAUCGGCAAUCUCCAAGGCGCUCAAUAUGGCCAGCGGGCGACUAUUUGGAGUGGGCUUUUCCCCACCCAUGGCUAUUUCGAAAGGAGGUCGUUCGCCUCCCUUAGGCUACAACCCUUUCCCGGCCUAUCCUGCCACUCAGGGGAGCUUGAUGCUCAUCGGGGAUGCGACUAAGGCGAACGUUGCGAUGGACGAAGAUGCCAAGACCGUUCAGCUGAUCGAGGAAUGUGCGACUCGCAGCGACGUUGUGUAUGGGUUUGCCGAGGUGAAGUACAAACAACUCAUCCCACUCGCGCCGUCAGUCCAAACCGACCCUCACGGGAAAACCAACGCGCCGGGCGUUGAGCGUGACCCUACCAACUCAACAGAUGAUGGGCUCACGGUUGACGCUGUCGUGACCCUUGCUGAAGAGGCAUUGGUCCUCUACGUCAAGGCGCUGUCCCUUUUGGCCAAAUCAAUGGAUAUCGCUGGGACUUGGUGGACUCGUAAGAAUCGCGGUGAAGCCUUUAGCGAGACAGUUCUGAGCAAGGCUGAUGCUACGAGCACCUUGGUCGGCAAUCGAAUCAACAAUGUUGUCCAAUGGGUGCGAAACCGGUUUAAUGAGGUGCUGGAGAAAGCAGAAUUUGUCCGCCUCAAAUUGGUUGAAGGACAGAAGCGAUUGCCAUCGAACCACCCCAGCCAUCCUAGCAGUAACUCGGUCGGCUCCUCCCUAGGCCGCAGUGCAUCUACGGAUGUUGUUGUUAGUUCCGAAGUGACCGCAGAGAAACUGAUGUAUGAUCGCGCUUUGGAGAUGAGUCGAGCGGCCGCCAUUAAUGAGCUCACGGGCGAAGACCUAUUGGGCUGCGAGAUUGCCUAUGUCACAGCCAUUCGGAUGUUGGAAGCGGUAUUGGAGGACGAAGAAGGAUCCCAGCCGGGACAAAGCCAGAAUGUCGCCAAGGGUGACCUCCGAAAAGACCACGAAAAGGUCAUACUGGAUGGUGUACAGGCCGAAGACCGGCAAGUUGUGAUCAAAUUGGUAUCUAGCAUCAGGGGUCGACUGGCGGCUCUACGCAAGAAGCUUACUCUGUUGGCCAAACGCCACACGCCUCCUUCGAGUGGUCCAGGAAAAGUGGUCCCCUCGAGCGUGGUGACUGCUUCUCCAGCCGUUGGAACGACACCGAAGUGA